CACUCUGUUAUUUCAUCAGGCGACAACAUGCUCCCCGGCUGAAAUGAGACAUCCACCGCUGGAGCUUCGCUUUUAUGAGGCCUGUUUGUAACAUCGCUGUUGAAUUAAUCAAAUCCAGAAGAGCUCACAGCUCAGCCGCAGCUCUUAGACUCAGAGGGGAGAUGUGUAAAGAGCUGAAGACCAAAGUGCUGCGACUGUUACCGCAGAGCUGCAGCGGGCCGUCUGUCCAUCAGGAGGGCUUCACAGAUGGUGCUGAAGUCCUGAGUUGCACGGUGAAGGCUCUAAAGGAGGGUCAUGUGGUCGCUGUUCCCACAGACACCAUCUACGGCCUGGCGUGUCUCACCCAGAACUCUGAAGCGGUCAAAAAAAUCUACGACAUCAAAGGACGAAAUGGAAAUAAACCACUGGCCAUCUGCGUCGGAGAAAUCCAGGAUAUCUAUAAGUUCUGUAAGGUGAAGGUGAAGGAGGCGCUGCUAGCCGACCUGCUGCCUGGUCCCGUCACUCUGGUGUUCGAAAGAUCUGAAGUACUCAACACAGAUCUCAACCCCUUUACCUCACUUGUUGGCGUACGUAUCCCAGACCAUGGCUUCAUGAGACGCCUCUGCCAGAUGUGCGCUGAACCACUGGCACUAACCAGCGCCAACAUCAGCUCGCACACCAGUACUGUGGAAGUGCAUGAGUUCCAGGAGCUCUGGCCCAAACUAGCAGUGGUGGUGGACGACGGACCAAUAGGAGACCACAGCCGCCUCGGAUCAACAGUGGUGGACUUAUCAGUACUCGGCAAAUACCGCAUCAUCAGACCAGGCUGCGCCCUCUCUUCUACGGUUGAUGUGCUGGAGCACAAAUACAGACUGUCAGAGGACUCGGGGAAGAAUGACCUUGUCUGAACUCUCCACACUCCACAAGCUGAGACGCAGAAACAGCGUUGACCCCGGCGGGGGGGUCUUCUCCAGAAUUAUUUUCAUGGUCACAAUCUAAAUGGAUCUUUUGCGGGAAGGACUCAAACUCAGGAAAAACGUGAUGGCAGAUAUUUUUCUGGUGGCUGCUUUAAGGUCUGGAGUAACUUCUCUUCACUCUAUGAACACAAUUCAUGCCUUGCUUAUUAUGUUGGGGUUUCAGAGUUUCACAUUUCUGGACCAUUCAUUCAUUAAAAGGUCAGUUACAUAGUAUGGGAUUUGAGGCACUUAUUUUAUGGUUUGAAAUACUCUUUAAUAAAAUAAGCGAUGGGAGAAGUUCUGUGAAUGUCAUGGAUUAUACAUCUAACUUGUUGAGUCUAGAUUUAUUUUGUAUUAACUUAUGAAUCCCCUAUAUUUAUUUUAUCCGCUUGUCAAUCUAACAUUGACAGACUUACACUAUAAUUGGUAUCCUGCUGUUGUAGCUUAAAAUACAUUGCAUUUACCUUUUUGAAAAUACUGUACAAUUUCAUCCAGACUACUGUUGAUUGGCAUGUUGAGCAUGUGGAUAAACAAUAAUACAACUGCCAACUUGCUCAUUUAAAACUUAUUUUUUAGAUUCUCAUCGGCCAACGUUAACUUGUUUUGAUUGAUUUUAAAACCUCGGCAUUGCCACAAUAAAUAUUGUUUUCAGUA